AUGUUAGGUUAGGCUAUGUAGUAUAAUAACGUCUGUAUGUUCAACGAGUUUGUGACGAUGUUGAUGAUACUGUGAAUUUAAUAUUAUAAUAAUAUAAUAUAUUUUACAAUAAUUAGUUUAAUAGUUGAUAAAAUGGGUCGAUUAGCAGAGGUGGUUAGCGAACAAUCAUCCGAGAAAUGUAAAACUUUUGUAUUCAUGGGUGAAGGUUAUACUUUGGGAAAUUCCUUAGUAGCAGUAAUCUCGCAAAAUCCUGAUGUGGAGUUUUGUGCUUGUUUCGUCAAUCAUCCAGCAGAAGGAAACAUAUACUUGAGGAUCCAAGCGAAAAACGGAAAAGCUAUAGACAUACUGAGAAAAGGAUUACAAGAUUUUGAAAAGAUUUGUGAUCACACUAUAGAAACUUUCAACAAUGCUUAUGAACAGUUUAAGACUUCUAGAGAUAUGUUUGUAGAUAGUACAUAGAGUAGUAUUUUUUACAGAAAUAUAUAAUUUAUUUGAUUUUUACUUUA